UAGUAGGCCCUAAGUUGUAAGUGUGAGAUUAUGCAGAAGAAAAGAGAGAUCUCUGAGUACAGAGAGAAGUUGGACAAGACCUUGUCUUCUCCUGAGCUCAAUGAUCAUGAGUCUCUCAAAUCUCUUCUUAGAAACCAGCUUUGCUCCUCUUCAGAAUGCAAUGAGAAUAUAUUGGAUAAAAGAACAUCUGAUGUAUCAAAGCUACUUAGCAUGCUUAGAAGUGUUUCCAUGACGGAUCAUCAAAAUUCUAAGUUAACCAACGAUGCAUCAUCAUCAUCAUCCUCACAUGGUGAUUGGAAAAUAAAACAAGAUCUUGAAGAUUGCCGUGUUAUGUACCGUGAAGGGCUUGAAGGAAGUCCUUUACACACUUUGCUCGUUGAAGGUUACAUGGAUUCCCCUAUCGAAGACUGUUUGUGUGUUUCGUGGGAAUCAGCUCUCUACAAGAAUUGGUGGCCACAGUUUGUGUUUCCACCAUUUAAAAUCUUACAAGGCACAUGCUUGCUUAAGGUCAGGAUCGGUGAACAAGUUUGUCUAGUGAGGAUGAAGGUGCCAUGGCCAUUGUCAGAAAGAGAGCUUAUUGUGCACUACUUCUUGUUUGAAUACUUUAAAGAUGACUUAGUGAUCAUCCUUCUGAACUCGAUAUCUGAUUUAGAUAGCAUUGGAGUUUCCACUAAGGACAUUAUACCUGAAUCAACGAGUGCAGUGAGGAUUGAUCUCGUAGGUGGAUUUGCAUUACAGAAAGUUACUUCACAGAAGAGUUUCGUCAGGGUGAUAGGGGAACUUGAUAUAAAGCUGGACUUCGUCCCACCAUCUCUUAUGAAUUUUAUAUCUAGACAGAUCGUCGGUAAAGGUUUCAAAUUGUAUAAAAAGGCAGCUGGUUCGGUGGCGAAAUUUGAUGAAGAUUUCAGCAGAGCUUUAGCUGAUCCUUUGUACACUAAUAUACGUCAAGCUAUGUAUUCAACUGAGGAAGAAGAAACGUUGGAGAACAGUGAGGUGAAUAGCAAUUCUGAUACAAAGAACAAACACAAAAGUGAUGAAGAUGCUAGUGAAAAUGAACAUGUCUCUUGCAAAAGAACUAUUCCGGAGAUUGAAGAAAGUGUUUAUUCUGAGGAGGUGAAUGUAAAUACCAAGACUAAUGGAGGUAUCAGAAGACAAUUUUGCAUUAGUGCAGAGGUAGAACAAGCACUAGGGACUCUAGAUAGAGCAAUAAACAUGGUUAGAAAUAUAAAACCGGUCCAAAAAGAUGAAGAAUUGCCUCCAAAGAAAGCAGAGGAUGAGAUAAAACAAGUAAGUUUGUUAGAGAUUCCUCAAAGAUCACAUAGUCAAGAUUUUUCAACCUCAGAGAUCACACAAGAAUCGAGCUAUUUUAGUCAAGAAGACAAGAGAGAGAAUGAAACAAGACAGGAGGAUGGGAUCUUAAACAAAGAUAAGAACGAAAGCUUGCGAAGAAGACAUAAGACACACUUCUUUGCUUUCAGAUCCUGACUCUGAAUGAAACUCAUUGUUAUGCAAGAGUGUGUGACAACAUACAGUACAAUUCUUUUUGUAAACUUGUUACAAAUUCAUAAUCAAAGCUACUCUAAUUAUAGCUGG